CACCUUGAGAACAAUAUAGGGUGGCCACUUGAACUUGAGCCCACACCGACAGUUUUCGUCUAGCGAACAAAAGUCCGCACACCAAGUCGGAGAAUUCGCAUAGAUUUAUAUACGUCUAAACGUUAACCUCGACUCUUGCAAGCAUGAAGGUUGCUUUGCUGAUAGCUGUCAUGUUGGCAUCUACAUCUGUUGUCUUCCCGUACUGGAUGUUUCCGAGGAGGAGGUCGUCAAAGAAAGGGGUGACAUUCCAGGAGAAAGAAGAGGCUCUCCAAGACGCUGCGGCUAAGCUGGAGGAAGUGAUGCAUGGCGCGGAGAGUGAAUCGGUCCUGGAGCUGAUGAGGGAGUUUCAGGAGGUGGAGGAAAACGAUGGUGCUCUCAGUGGCGACACCUUCGAGAAGAAAGUGGCUACUCUCCAGGAGGCUGCAGCUGAUAUGGAGGAGAAGGUGAAUGAAGUGGAGGAAGAUGCCGCAUUGGGUCUACUGGAGGAGGAGCUGGAGGAGCUGGAAGAGGAACUAGAGGAAGCCAAGGACGACCCUGAAGAGUGAUGAUGAGUCCAGAUGUUACUGGCUGAGUCAAAGACAACCCGUGCAGGACCUAAGAGCUUUAGUUCACAGCUAGCUUCUUGUCUAGUUCCGUUGACAAUAAGGUGAAAUCGUAGUUUUAGGAAUUCAUAUUCAGAAAACAAUGAAUGGCAGAGAAGGCUUAUACUAUAGUUUGCUAUCAUUAAAUUUACCUUAUUGAAAAUGUAGCUACUUUUAUUAAGACAAGACUUCGGCAUAAAGAAGCAAAUGUAGUUUUAAAGGUAAUGGUAGGAUAUUUUUCCCAUGUGAUGACAUUCACUGGUCAGUCCCCCAAAAGCUUGAUGGUCAACAACUCGUAAACAUUGGGGCUUCCUAAUCAUGUUGAUUUAUUCAUGUGUUGUUAUUACCAUGUUAUGUGAUAACUAUUAAUGACGCAUAUUGUAGCUAAUGCUAUUAUGACUCGUGUCCUUCUUAUUUAGAAAUUUCCCUUUUCUCCUUUUUCUAUUGUUUUAAUACAGAGGUAUACCUGAUAUUACUAUCAUACGUGAAACUUAGCUUGCAUUUGAUAACUGCAUAUUACAUACCAUUAGAAUCUAGUGUAAUCCCUUUUGGUGGCAGGAAUAAAAGGUUAUCUA